AAAGGAGGCAACACUAACGAGCCGGAAAGCUCUCCUGUCCACCGGGACUCUCCGAUCAUCUCCUCAUCAUCAUCGGUGUCAUCUUCGUCCUCGUCAAGCUUCGGUCCGUGUCCUCCACGAAGCAGUACAGCACCAGGUCCAGCACACGUCUAUCCAAAAGCCUCGAUUGCCUUGCCUCCUCCGCACUCGCCUUCUGUCAAUCCCUCAUCCUCCAAUUCAGCAAUCUCGCAAUUUUUGUCCACUUCGAGCUCUUGCAUUACAUCCCCGACUGCUGCGGCUGUUGCCAUGGCGAGUAGCCGCAAUCUACUCGCCAAGCCACGGUCGUCAUUGCUUUUACAAUCUCAUUCACCAUCGCUACCGGUACAGGCGCCAGAGAUGCGCAGACUAGCAGGACUCUCCUCGCCCGACUCCGGGACAGGAUUUCCCAUGUUUGCAGCCCAGGGUCUAGGAAGAUCGGCCGCCGCCGGGUUGCACAUGCUCGCGGCUCCUGCUGUGAGCAGUUGCCCCGUGGAUACGAGCACAGAGUCGACGAGCAACCCGAUUGCCUCAAUGUUCAUGCCAGCCUCCUCAUUGCAGGUGGGUCAGCGACUGACUGCCGGCAUCUUUCCGUGA